CGGGUUAUAUUCAACCCGCGUUCCCAUAAUGCUUUGUUUUCUUUGGAACCAAAGUUCAUACGAAGAGAACAUCCUGGAACUGACUUGCUAGGUUUUUAGUUCUGUGCCUGCAUCCCUGAAGCGAUCUCCCAGGAGAAAUUCCACAGAAAUCCCAGGAACAAGUCGUAAACAAGACCCCGCCCAACAAGGGGAAGCUGUGGUCAAAACCUUUAUUCCGGAACUCGGCGCCAUUUCCCGCACCCUGGGCGGGGUUGCCUUCUCUGCUCUGCGGUUCUACAGCGCUUGAAACCCGUGUGAAGAAAAUGAAGGUUUCUCGGAUCUCAGAGCUUCUGGGCACUGUGGGACGCCUUGUAGCUUUCUGCCGAGGCAGAGUCCAGCUGGCGGUCCUGCUGCUGUCCUUGGCGCCAUCUACUUUAGGCCAGUGCACAGACCCACCAUGGUUUUCAUUUGCCAGCCGUAUAAAUAAAACUGAUGAAUCCAGUUUUCCCAUUGAAACAUCUUUGAUGUAUGAAUGCCGCCCAGGAUAUUUCAAGAGGCAGUUCUCCAUCAUCUGCCAACAAAACUCAGACUGGACAAGUGCUGAAGAUAUGUGUAUUCGUAAAUCAUGUGAAACUCCUAAAGAUCCUCAGAAUGGCAUAGUACAUGUACACACAGACAUUCGGUUUGGAUCCAGUAUUAAUUAUACUUGUAAUCCAGGAUACCACCUCAUUGGUUCCUCCUCUGCUGUAUGUGUAAUCUCAGAUCAAACUGUUGCUUGGGAUAAUGAGGCACCUAUUUGUCAGAUAAUUGUUUGUAAGACACCCCCUUCCAUUGACAAUGGAGAUUUACUUACUACCACAGAAGAUUUUCAUUAUGGAAUGGUGGUUACCUAUCGCUGCAGAUCUGAUGCGAGAGGAAAGAAGCUCUUUAACCUGGUGGGUGAGGCAUCCUUACACUGUACCAGCAAUGAUGGGAAAGUUGGAGUCUGGAGUGGCCCUCCUCCUCAGUGCAUUGAAUUCAGGAAAUGUACACCUCCUCAUGUUGAAAAUGCAUUCAUAGUGUCUGAAAACAGAAGCUUGUAUUCCUUAAGGGAUAUUGUGGAGUUUAAAUGUCAGCCUGGCUUUAGCAUGGAAGGAGCCAGUAGUGUGCAGUGUCAUGACCUAAACAAAUGGGAGCCAGAGUUACCAACCUGCUUCAAGGUGAAAUCCUGUGGUGUUUUCCUGGAACAUCUUCCUAAUGGACGUGUGCUAUUUCCACUAAAUCUUCAACUUGGAGCCAAAGUGUCCUUUGUUUGUAAUGAAGGGUUUCAAUUAAAAGGCAAUUCUGCUAGUCAUUGUGUUCUGUCUGGAAGGGACAGUGUUUGGGAUAGCCGUGUUCCUGUGUGUGAAAAAGUGAUAUGUAGCCUCCCACAGUAUAUGAGUGGAGUUCGGAAAGAGUUGAAAAUAAAAGAAUAUUACUAUGGAAAUAAUGUAACUUUGGAAUGUGAGGAUGGGUAUACUCUAGAAGGCAGUUCUCAGAGCCAGUGCCAGUCAGAUGCCAGCUGGGAUCCUCCUCUGGCCAAAUGUGUUUCUCGCACAAACAUCAGUCUCAUAGCUGGCAUUGUCUUUGGGGUGAUCUUUAUUUUACUUGUCAUUGUUUGCUAUUGGCUGAUUCGGAAAUAUAAAAAACGCAAUACCACAGAUGAAAAGUGUAAAGAAGUGAGUAUUCAUUUCAAUUCUCAAGAAGACAGCUGUAGUCACCCUCAAGCUCUGCUCGCAAGUCAGGAGAACAGCAGCGUUCACUGACUUUAUUGUUUCAACAAUAAACUGCGAAGGAAAACAUUAACUAUCACUCCCGGGGCAUCAUCCACAGACGCGAAAACGAUCCUUCAAAAAGCAAUUUGUCCUAUUUUUAAAGCAGUUUUGAAUAGUAAAUAAGAUCACUCCAAUUUUGACAAUUUCACAUACCAACAGCUUUUCACUGUAAACUGACGUGGCAUUGUUCUCUGUGGUCACAAGUGACACUGGGAAAUUCUACUUUCUAUCAGAGAUCCAGCAGUGACAACAAAUGUUUUAUUGGCUAGUCCCCUUAAACCCUGGAUUUCUAUCCUCUUCCCUUGCCUUAUUCAGUAAUGUCUUACAGAUUGCUCAGAUCUCUACUUCUUACUCAGUUACCUCAUCCCUGUCCUUGGGCCCCUCACAUUCACAGCUCCAUAAUUCUGUAUCACACAGAGCUGUUUAUCAUAGCACAACCUGUGCAGGUCUGUAAUCCUGAUACUUGGAAGGUGGAAGCAAAAGGAUCAGUUCAAAGUCAUUUUCAGUUAUAUAAGGAGUUUGAUUGAGAUCAGCCUGGGCUACCUGACAUCCUGUCUAAACAAACAAGCCACACACACACACACACACACACACACACACACACACACACACACACACCAGAAAUAAUAGCAGCUUAUGCUCUGGAAAGGAAUUGGGCUGCUCUCCUAAUAAGCAGAAGCAAAAACAUCACAUUGUUUAAUAAAAUUCUUCUAUGUCCUUCUUUCUGACUACAAUGUGCAUUAAUUGAAACUUGGCCUUUUCUCCCGAUACAUAUGGCUAAAAUCUGUAAUUCAGCAACGGACAGUAGAAGAGGCCUUCAGGAAAAAAAAAUAGGAGGUACAGGGAAGGCAUUUUAUAAUCAGUAGAAUUGUAAAUACAGGCAACUUAAAUUUUUUUAGACAAAAAAACUGCAGUUACUAUUUUCUUCUGCAAUGGAGGUGAAUUUACAAAGCCUUCUGUUUAUUUUCUGGUUUCCUAGUCACUUCUUCCCUUUUGUCUUGAAGCUUGUUUUUCCAUAUUAUAUAUAAAGGAAAAUGAAAUAUUCAUUUUUUAAACUCAGAAUUUAUGUUAUCCCCUAAGUUUUAAUGAUCAUCUUCCUCAAAUGACUAUCGUCAUCAUAGCUAAUCCACCAGGGAAUAGGAAAGUUGAGGUGACAGCAGUAUGCCAUCCUACAAUGCCCUUUUAUGUUAGUCCAGAAGUUUGAAGGGAAAAUCAUACUGCUUCUGUAAUAGCACAUAUAAAUGAAUAAAAGAGGAAAAAACUAAUAAUGUAAAAUUUUUUGAGACAGAAUGACAUAGAAUACUAUGCUUUGGGGGAAUUCUCUUAAGAUCUGCAUCCAAGGUUCUUAGGUGUUGAGUUGUUUCCUUUACUGUUGGGAUCUAUGAUGGGAAAGUUGUGCAGAAUCAAUUCCAGGCUAACCAUGUAGUCCCACUGUAGGAAGAAAAUAACAACUGGAGCUAGGGUUGUUUUUACAGGAAAUUGUUUUUAAAACAUUCCAUGAAAGUGCUCAAAAUAUCAUUUAUUUAGAUUUGUAUAUGCAAGAUUACCCACCUAAAAUUCUUUCCCAUCUUUCUUUAUGCCCAAGUUCUACUAGCCCACCUCGGAAUUCACUCACCCAAGAGGCCUCCUAAAUAGCCACAUUGCAAAGUGAUGAUUCUGUCUAGAACACCAAGCAUAUCCUGCCUGUAAUGUUUUAUACAUGUAUAAAAUUUAUACAUGUAAUUCCUUCACUUGAGAGAUUGACACAGAAGGAUUGCUACAAGUUCAAGGCCUCUCAGGACAUUUAACCUUUCUCAAAAAUAAAUAAAAAUAAAUAAAUAAGUGGUAUAAAUUCAUUUUUUAAAAUGGUAAAUACACAGAAUAUUUUGUAUAUAUUGAGCCAGAUGUGAUGACUGACUCCUGUAAUCACUCUGGAGAACCCUGAGGCAAGAGGAUCAAAGGUCAUUCUUGACUGCAGUCUACCAAAGCAUUAAGGUUAAUUAUUUUUGGCAACAUUUUGUAGACAACGAGUGAGAAUUUAUACUAGGCACAAGACCUGUGUGCCCAGGCCAAAUGUCAAAGUGAAAUGAAAAGGUGGAGGCAUAUGUCAAAGAUAUAGCUAUGUGGUAAAGGAGAGAAUGUUUGUAGGAGUGUAGGUGGGUGAUGCUGACCAGUCUUGAUAGAAAGAAAACAAUGAGGAGCAAUCAAGUGGGCAGUAACCAAUGGUGGACCUCUUAGGGAUUUGUCUACUGGUUGAGGGAUAGCAUUCAGGCCAUAAAGGAAAGGCAGCAGUCUUGUUAGGGGAGAACUCGGGUACCCUAUACUGAAUAUACCAUCCUUGCUUAUUUUUCGUGGUAGUAACAGGAAAUGGACACAAUUUCUAAAGCUAACUUUCCUCUGAGAGGAUUAGCUAUCAUUUAUACCUCUGCCACAAGCACACUUCUAAAGAGACUGAAGGAAAUGCUUUGUGCACUGUGGAUGACCUAUGUAUUUUCCAGAUCAAGUCUCUGCUUAUUAACUGACAGAAGGAAAAACAUGAAAUGUACUCAUUAAUUUCUUCUUUCCAUUCCACUUCCUCUUUUACAUCAUACUUUCUUGUGCCCUACAUGAAAAACAGAAAAGAGGGUAAAAAACACUUUUGAUGAAUCUGCAUUUAUAUGUAAUACCAGCAUCCUGAUUAUUGGCAUAUGAAUUCUUGAUAGUUCAGUUAUCCAUCAUGCUGUUAUCUAAAUGAAAACAUCCUGUGAUUUUUAAUGUCCCUUCUUGACAAAAUGGACAAAAACAAAAAUCAGCAAAAACGGCAAAGUUAGAGGAUACCUGGGAUUCCAUGUUAGUUAAGAAGCCAAUUCAUUUCAACAGAGUAAGAUCUAAGAUUCAAGUUUUUGACAUUACUUCACAGACAUUCAGAGAAUUUUGUAUAGGGAUAAUAAUGCUUCGACAGCAUCCAGUAAAAUUCACUUUUAGCCUGCCUGCUUGGUUGUCACUCCCUUGCACCCUUACCUUAUGUUGAAAUCACACACCAUAAAGUUAGAGGACAAGACUGAGUGGACAGAAAAUUGAAUGACUUGAAGAAAGAAGAUGUAGUCCAAGAGUUCUGCUUUAUAAGUCCAUCGUUUUCCUUUCUUAUUUUAAAAUGUUCAUAAAAUGGAAUGGGUUCAUUAAAGAACAUUAGGAAAAUGCAAAAAUAUAUGAAAACAAAUAAUAAUUAUUCUGUGUAACAACAGCCAUUACUAAUACAUUUUUAAAACAGAACACACUCUAAACAUAUCAGAGAAAAGCUUAUAUAAUAUCAGUUAUCACCUUCUCUAUGGAAUAGAAGUAACUUUUGCUUAUUUAAAAAUAUUUUAAAUGGUGAUGGGGCAAAGUGACCAAGAUUACUCAACAGACUGUCUGAAAAAACUAAAAACUGCAUUUCUUCUACUUUGAAAGUUCUUUUGUACCAUGCUCUGUAUUAUGAAAACUUUUUCCUGUAAAGAAAUGAUAAAUAAUUGAGAUUGAUAUGUUUAACUGAUUUGAAUAUUUGUGGUGAUGUAUUGUGUUCCCCAAUAUACUGUGUCUCCCAAUAAAAUUUACCUGAGGAUCAGAGGAAAAAGCCAGCCACUAUAGUAAACAAAAGUCAUGCAAUGUUAGCACACACCUUUAAUCCUAUCACUUGGGAGGCAGGGAUCUGUCUGGAUCUUUGUGAGUUCAAGGUCACACUGGGAACAGAGCCAAGUGUGGUGGCACAUGUCUUAAAUUCCAACACUAGUUAACCAUUUUAGGUUUGGAGGUCUGUACAGACAGAUGGGAAGUGACAGAGUUGGGCAGGAAGAGGAAGUGAUGUAGCUAGACAGAGAGAACAAAUCAGAUGGCAGAAUAUCAAGGCAUAUAGGCAUGGGUAGACAGGAAGUCUUGCUUUUGAAAGCUGUAGAGUUGGUGAGGUGAGGUUAGCAUGUGGCUGUUCCUGUUCCUCUGAUCUCUCUCAGGUUUUCACUCCUA